UUCACCCCUUCUACAAUGUGCUACAAUAUCCCUGUGGUGUUAAUAUGCACUCACCUGUGCUUUUACCAUGGUUAAUUACUAUAAGGGAUCAUUUAACCCACAAUUACUAUAUCAAAGAAACAGUCACCAAUACAAGAUCUAGUGUAAUACAGUACUAUAUAAUACAUAGCAGUGCUAGUGGGAAAGGGGGUAAGAGAUACAGCUGAGAACGACAUUUAAAUCUAUUUAUAAAAUGUCACAUGAUUUCCUCCCUGUUUUUGUACUAGGUUUUCAUAAACUUAAAAAUCAUAAUAAUAAUAAUAAUAAUAAUAAUAAUUGGUUUGCUUUUUACUAUUCAACAGUGUAAAACUAGAAUAGGAACAUAAGAUAUGUUUGGGAAGGCCAUUCGGCCCAUCAAGUCUCGUCCCUUAUUAGCGCGCCAUUCUCCCUUGCAGGGGGCUGGAGAACUCAUUUAAAAGCACAGAAUUUAAAGGUCUUUGCUUUAGAUCCGACUGCUUCACCUGGUAGGCUGUGCAUUUGUAACUCUCUCUGUGUAAAAAAUAAAGUUCUAAACUUCAAUUCUAAACUUUUACUCAGCUUCCACUUAUGCCCUCUUGUUCUUCUCCCUGUGCUAAACUUGAAGCAUUGUCUUGGGUUAACUAUCUAGUCCAUUCUAUUUUAUAGACUUCAAUCCUCUGUUUCCCUUCUUUUUUUUUCCAGGCUGAAGUGAUUUCGUUGUUUUAACCUCGUAGCUCAUUGAGUUCUGGGAUCCGCCCAGUUGCCCUUCUCCACACCAGUAGAACAGCUGCAGAUCUUUAUAAAGCCUUGCAGACCCCUUGUUGUCUGUUUGAAGUUAGACAGCUGUCCGCUGGGUCAGUCUUCUUGUUGUAUUGCUGGUAAUAGACGCUCAGAAGAUGCUGGCUCUUGGCGGUGCUCUGGGGAUGAUCUGGCUUGCCUUGCAGACGUCUAGACCUGCAACUUGAACUGAAGAGCAGCUCCGGAGCUCAGGGUCGGCCGGCAGGCAGCAGAAGGCAGUGACGGUGGACGGGGUGACCCUGAACGGGCCGCUGAGUGAUAACCGUGAUGGGGAGCGGUUCCUGGAGGACGCUUUUCAGAUUAUCAUGGACGAGGCGGUCAAGAAAGGGACCGACGUGACGGAGAAGGUGUGUGACUGGAAGGAGCCCGGGAAGCUGAAGGAGAUGCUGGACCUGGAGCUGAGAGACACUGGGGAGGAUCACGAGAGGCUGCUGCAACGCUGCCACGAUGUGGCCAAAUACAGCGUCAAAACCAGUCACCCUCGUUUUUUUAACCAGCUCUUUGCCGGGCUGGACCAUCACUCCCUCGCCGGAAGAUUCCUCACAGAAGCCCUGAACUCAAGCCAAUACACGUAUGAGGUGGCGCCGGUCUUCGUUCUCAUGGAGGAGGCGGUGCUUUCCAUGCUCCGCUCCCUGAUUGGCUGGGACUCUGGUGAUGGGAUCUUCUGCCCUGGCGGCUCCAUCUCUAACCUGUAUGCCAUGAACCUGGCGCGGUACCGAGCAUUCCCCGAGGUCAAACAGAGGGGGCUGUGGGCCGUCCCGCGACUGGCUGUCUUCACGUCGAAGGAGUGCCACUAUUCUGUGGGCAAGUCGGCUUCCGUUCUGGGAGUCGGGUUGCAGAACGUGCAUCUGGUCAAAGUGGACAAGAGGGGUGUGAUGAUCCCAGAAGACCUCGAUGAGCAAAUUGAAAAAGCCAAAUCCCAGGGUUCUGUUCCGUUCCUGGUCAGCGCCACGUCCGGUACCACGAUCCUGGGGGCCUUCGACCCGCUGGACAAGAUCGCCGAUGUGUGCGAAAAGCACAAGCUGUGGUUCCACGUGGAUGCUGCCUGGGGUGGAAGUGCCCUGCUGUCGAAAAAACACAAACAUCUUCUGAAGGGGGUUGACAGGGCUGAUUCGGUGGCUUGGAACCCUCACAAGAUGCUGAUGGCUGGUCUGCAGAGCUCCGCCUUCCUUAUGAAAGACAACAGCGGCUUGCUGAAGCAGUGUCACUCUGCCAACGCCUCGUACCUGUUCCAGCAAGACAAGUUCUAUGACAUGAGCUAUGACACGGGGGACAAGUCGAUCCAGUGCGGCCGCAAGGUGGACUGCCUCAAACUGUGGCUCAUGUGGAAGAAAACGGGGACUCUGGGCUUGGAGCAGCGGGUGGACCGCGCCUUCGCCUCCACCAGGUACCUUGUGGAGGAAAUGAAGAAAAGAGACGGCUUCCAGCUGGUUGCGGAGCCCCAGUUUGUGAACCUGUGCUUCUGGUACGUCCCCCCCAGUCUGAGAGGGGAGGAGGGCAGUGAGGAUUACCAGGAGAAGCUGUCCAAGGUGGCUCCCGCAAUCAAGGAGCGAAUGGUGAAGAAGGGUAGCAUGAUGGUGGGCUACCAGCCGCACCAAGACAAGGUCAACUUCUUCCGCUUGGUGGUGAUCAGCCCUCAGAUCACUAGAGCCGACCUCGACUUCUUCCUGGAUGAGAUUGAGAGCCUGGGGCGAGACUUGUAGCCGACUGCACUGCCCCUGAAAAUGAGAUCAUACUAGUGCUUUGCCCUCUCCCUUAGAUUGUGCUUGGGAAGGGUGUGUUUUGCUUUUUUUCAUGGAGUGUUGUAACACAGGACAGCUUUUGUAGGUUUUUUUUAUUUUAAAUGUUGUCAUCUGGUACGUUUUAAAAGCCGCUCUUAAGGACGGCGUAAUUCAGUUUUAACCCCAGAGUUUGCACGGCUGAUGCUGUGGACGCAGCGUUCCCUGCAGAUCGGAAAAGCGUUUAUCAAGGUUGCAGGACCGCUGCCCCAGAUCAUAAAGACCCCGCAGCUGUCCUGUGUCUGAAAUCGAAACCACUUUGUUCACGUUGCACUGGGAACCACUUUGCAGAGGCAUCUUUUCAAAUUGUGUUUUGACAGAAGCACUGCCAAGUGGCCUCUGGUAUUAAGAGUCUUAUCAAGUGUUUGAAUGAAUGUUUCACAGCUUUAUCGUAGUGCUGUGUUCAGGGACCAGUUAGGGUUGUACUGAAAUAAAGUAAAUGACUGAUUCCUGGCUCCUGAAAAAAUAGAUCUGUUAUUGAUUUCCGAAGUAAUGGACCGGGCUUUAAUCAUGGUCUAGAAAUAGAUAUUUCACGCUUUUAACACAAUGUUGCCACGUUACAACACACUUCCGAGAAAUCAUGACAUCUGUGCUCACUGAGAAAAGAAAAAAAUAUACAGCCUUAGUAAUCAAUCACCUUUCACUGGCAAAAUUCGAGAAUAAAGAAACUGGAAUAAAAAGAGAAAAAAAAAGAAUUCUGAACUGUGUAAAUCUGGAGCAGAAUUUUAACGCUACGUAAAUCGGAAUUCCAGAACGAAAAGUGAACGUACAUUUUUAAGAUAUAUAUAUAUAUUUUUUUUACUUUAUUGAAACAAAGCUGUCUUCAGGUGAAUGAAAAGUGCCAAGGAACAUUGUAAAAACACAAUGUCAGAAAUCAGAGCUGUCCUUUUCUAGUGGCACUGCUGGCACCUCGACAGGGUAAGACUUUGUAAGACGAUCAUAGGAACUUUGUUUUAGAAACAGGCUCUGCGUCAAGGGGCAUAAAGCCUGUAUUGUUGUGUUUGUCACGAGUUCUGAAUAGAUGGGAUUGUCUGCACUGUGACGUGUGGGUGGAGGAGAUUGCUCUGCACUGCUGUUGGGGCAGAGUUGUACCAAAAUUACAGAUACAGCGACACACUCAAUUUCACCCCCUAGGUGGCGCUGUGGAGCUGCACUGAGAAUUCACCACAGCGCUCUCCUCACUCAGACCGUGCAAAGACCUGAUUGCAAGGAUGUUACAAGUGGUGUGUGUUUAAAUAGAUCCUCUGGGAUGGAAAUAAGACUCCCCAUUCCUUCGUGCUUUGAUCCGUUCCUGGAUUUACUACGAGUCGAAUCAGACGCGCCUAAUCUUGCUGCCUGUGCACACUGCGGCUAAUCAAGCUCAUAUUAAAACCAGGAAUGGGUGGCGCUGCUCUGCAUUAGGAGUCUUGUUUCCAGCUCUGUGUGUUAGUGUUGUGUGGCUUGUGUCUUGUAAUUGCACAAGGUGUUCUUGUUUGCUUCUUAAUUAAUGCACUAAUGUAUUUUUGUAUUCAACGCAAUUCAUGUUUUAGUAAACCUAACAAAUAAAACAAACUAUUCUGGUGUA